CAUGAUCAAAUCAACUCGAAAUACUGGUUCUUCUUACGUUGUCCCAUUGGGACUACUUUGUUAUCUUGUGUUUUUUCAUGCUUGUGUAGCUCAGAUACUUCCACUUCAAUCUCAAUCACAAUCGUCAAGUCGCUCUAAGUGCCAGAUUGACCGGAUCACCGCUAGAGAACCCAAUCGCCAGGUGACAUCAGAGGCUGGAGUUUCCGAGUUCUGGGACUCGUUUGAGAACGAUGAACUUGAAUGUGCUGGUGUUGAGGUGGUUCGUCAUACUAUUUACUCGAAAGGGCUUCUGUUGCCUUACUAUUCCAAUGCACCUGAACUUGUAUAUGUUGUUCAAGGUCAAGGAAUUCAGGGAACAGUGCUUCCUGGAUGUCCUGAAACGUUUAGCACAAUGGUCGAAACAAAGGGUGAUGAACAGUUUUUUGACACGCACCAGAGGGUUUAUAGAUACAAUGAAGGUGAUAUAUUGGCCUUGCCUGCUGGUGCAGUUCACUGGACCUAUAAUGAUGGCAACUCACCUUUAGUCGCCAUUGUUCUUCGUGAUACCAACAAUGUUGCCAACCAACUUGACAAUAACUUUAGGAAAUUCUUCCUUGCUGGAAAUCCCUCUAGACAACCUCCUCAAAGUGGGCCAAGAUUCCAGCCAGGCCAACCCGGCUUUCAGCCCGGUCAGCAGCCUGCAUUCCAACCCGGCAAACAAUCCAGACAACAGCCAGGAUUCCAGCCGGGUCAGUCUCAAGGUCAGCGUGGAUUCCAGCCCGGUCAAUGGCCUGGUCAACUAGAAGGAUUCAACGUCUUCUCUGGUUUCGAUUUUCAAAUGCUUAUGGAGGUGUUUGGCGUGGAAUACAACACAGUGGAGAAAUUAACAGGACAAAAUGACAAUCGUGGAUCUAUAGUUAUGGCUGAAAAUUUUGAAAUUGCGAUUCCAGAAGACCAAUAUCAAGACAACGGCAUAGAGCAAACCAUAUGCUCGACCAAGUUUAGUGCGAAUAUUGCAAGCCCAGCCCGUGCCGAUGUUUAUAACCCACGUGGUGGACGCAUUAGCAGUCUCAACAGUCACAAGCUCCCAAUCCUCAACUUGCUCAAACUUAGUGCCGAGAGAGGAGUCCUUUAUAAGAAUGCUGUCCUGGCACCACAUUACAACUUAAACGCCCACAGUAUCAUCUACGUAAUAAGCGGAGGCAGUCGCCUCCAAAUUGUUGGAAACGAUGGUUCAUUGGUCUUUGAUGACAUGGUCCAGAAGGGUCAGCUGAUUGUGGUCCCACAAGCCUUUGCAGUGAUCAAGAAAGCCGGCGAGGAAGGGUGUGAGUGGGUGGCAUUCAAGACUAAUGACGAUGCAAUAACAACACAGCUCGCUGGACGUUUCUCUUACGUUAGGGAAGUCCCCAUAGAGGUGUUGUCGAAUUCGUAUGACAUUUCACGAGAACAAGCUAAAAAGCUCAAGUAUAACCGUCAGGAAGGCGUGGUUUUGAGCCCCCGAUCUGGAACAAGUAUGGAAAAGGCAAAGAAUGUCUUGUUAAAUACCCUUUUUGGUUAGAUCGAUCAAAGUCUUGGAAUUUAUGAAGUGAUAAUAAAUGCAAGUUUUUCCUCUUUAGGGAUGGC